CAAUCAAUAAAUCAUCAAAAUCAAUAAAUCAAUAGAAAGAAAAUAAAUUCAUUAAUUGAUAAUUCACACUUCAAAGGGAUCAAUUUGAAUUGAAAACGAAAUGAGUUCAAAUUCUCCGAAUUCUUCAAAUCCUGCUGCAACAGAUGCUCCAAAGAAAACUUCCGUUGAACCGGGUUCGGAAGCCAACAAUUGGCAUAUCACGGAGGCCGAUGAGAAGGGAUUCAAGUUGACCGAUAUGAUCAAGAAACUUCUGAAGCCUGUAUUCUCGAAAGCCAUUAUGUUUGAUGAAAAAGAGAUCCAUGUGCUGUUGACACGUGUCUUCAAGUACUACACAUCUCCACCGAACAAGAAAACUGCACCAUCUGCUUCAGCAUCUGCAACCACAUCUAUGAGCCCUCCAAAACCGGCUGCAAAUGCUCUUUUGGAACUUCAAGCUCCGAUCAACAUUUGUGGAGAUACCCACGGGCAGUACAACGACUUGCUUCGUAUUUUCAAUGCCUGCGGAGCAGCGACAAAAACUCAAUACCUCUUCCUCGGGGACUACGUGGAUCGUGGAGGUCACUCAUUGGAAGUCAUUAUGCUUCUCUUCUCACUCAAAUUGGCAAUGCCCAGAAAGAUGCAUUUGUUGAGAGGAAAUCAUGAGUUGAAGGCCAUCAACAAAAACUACGGCUUCCACGCGGAGCUCAAGAAGCGUUUCCAAAGGGAAGAAGUGUAUGAAUCGGUUUACAAUCACUUCAAUCAAGUCUUCUCGUAUAUGCCCCUGUGUGCAAUCGUCUCGAAGCGUAUUCUCUGCAUGCACGGAGGGAUUUCUCCACAUUUGAAGUCUCUCGAUGAUAUUCGUGCAAUCCCAUUGCCACUGGAAACUGCAAAGACUCAUCCUCUCGCUUGUGACUUGCUGUGGGCAGACCCUGAAAAGGAUGCCAAAGGCUUUGAGCCCAACAAGAUCCGUGCAAUCUCGAACGUCUUUGGAAAGAAGGAGGUUGAUGAUUUGUGCAAGAGAUUGGAUAUCGAUUUGAUUGUCAGAGCUCAUCAGGUGGUCGAGUACGGGUAUGCAUUCUUCGCUGAUCGUCGCCUCAUCACUGUCUUCUCGGCAUCUCGUUAUCAAAUUGAGCUCUGCAAUUAUGCAGCUGUUGUGGUGGUCAACAAGAUGCUCGAACUUAGCUUUGUUCAGCUCAAACCCGAAGAUUUCGAAGUUCGACGUGAUGAGUGCGAGGAGAAUGCCAAGGAUCAGACGACUUCAAAUGUUCCUCAUUGAGUUUUUGGCUGUCUGAAUUUGAAUAAAGUGUUUUUGGGG